AUGGGUAAAUCCGGCAAGGAGAUGGCAUCGCCAGCAUAUAAGCCCCCGUUCCCGCCAACCUCGUCCCUGGUCUCUCAGGAUGAUGUCGUCCUCCCAGCAGCCUUCAACGAUAUAUCGCCCUUAGCAAGGGAACUGCAACCACUAAGAUAUGAAGCUAGAGAUGAGGUGCAUAGAUUUCUCACCGCCUUUCUCGAUCUUUCUCGAUUCAAUGCCAUACGCAAGAUGUUAUGGCUAAUCGCCGUCCAUGGAGCUCCUCGAUCACUAUACUACCAGAUAUUUAUCAAGCCACUACCGGACUUUCUCCUCAACUACGAUUUCUGGGAGACCAACAUAUCCUGUGACCCUCAAUUGCACCGAGCAGCCUGCGGCCUUCUAUACUCUUAUUGUGGCCUUAUUCGCUUUGGCCAUGAUUUGCGGGUGGCUCAAGAAUCUCGCCUGAUCAAUGAGAACCUGGACUACCGAGCUUGGUCGGAUUUUGCCCGUACAAUACUGCCAAAUUUCAACCCCAAGGACCCCAAUAUUAUGGACAAGCGAUUCCAGUACGGCGAGCUACGGUUGAAUCGACUCGACACGAUUUACCGAUAUUCGCCUUAUAAGUUUUCCAUAUCCAGUAUCCUUCAAGGCUUCCCCCAUGCUUUGACCGAGAGCUAUGUGCCUUACAUGGACCAGUAUAACAACGCAGUGUCGGCUUUUGGUGUCAUUGUCAUAAUUUUGUCGGCCUUCAAUCUAUCAUUAGCCUCACACUCGAACAGUCCAGAUCCUGAUCUUCAGCAAGCAGCAUAUGGCUUCAGUAUAUUUGCGAUGAUUUUAUGCGCCGCCAUUACUGGAUUGUUUAUUGUCUUACCCUUGAUUUCCUCACUAGCGACAGUCUAUGGCUCUUUUGCGGUACGAAGACGACUUGAGAAUAGAAAUGAGGACAAUUAUGCGUAG